CCCUCGUCUCCAAGCAACGCGGUGUAAAUAAUUUUUCCACAGGUCCAGGUUGAAGGAGUGGGGAGAGAAAUGAAUGAGACGUUUGUUUAAACCGGUUGUUUGUUGGGCUAAGGGCAGACUAUUGAAUGCAUCUUGGAAGCCAGACCCCAGGGAGUCAUUACAGGAAGAUCUGAUAGACGACUAAUGGUAGUUGGCUAGCCAAUGGGGCUGUUUGACAAGCUAGCAGGACUGCUGGGGCUGAAGAAGAAGGAAGUGAAUGUUCUCUGUUUGGGCCUGGACAAUAGUGGUAAAAGCACCAUCAUCAACCAACUCAAGCCCUCCAAUGCCCAGACGCAAGACAUCGUCCCAACCAUUGGCUUCAGCAUAGAGAAGUUCAAGACAUCAAGUCUUUCUUUCACAGUGUUUGAUAUGUCAGGUCAAGGCAGAUAUAGGAACCUCUGGGAACAUUAUUACAAGGAGGGUCAAGCCAUCAUAUUUGUUAUUGAUAGCGCAGACAAGCUGAGGAUGGUAGUGGCCAAAGAAGAACUGGACACAUUACUUAACCAUCCAGACAUUAAACAUAGGAAUCCCAUCUUGUUCUUUGCCAACAAGAUGGAUGUGAGAGAUGCUCUGUCUUCAGUCAAGGUUUCACAGCUGCUCUGUCUGGAGAACAUCAAAGACAAACCCUGGCACAUCUGUGCCAGCGAUGCUCUGAAAGGAGAAGGUUUACAGGAAGGGGUCGACUGGCUGCAAGAUCAAAUUUCACAAUCAAAUCAGAAUGAUUAAAACGUGAAGGCCUACAGAAGUCAUAUGCCGGAAGUAGAAGCACCAGUGGAUCCAUAAUAACGAAGAGCCUUUUACUGAUCCCCAUAGUCUAUACACACACACACAAAUUCACAUGCCAAAGGUUGAAGUCUGUUUGAGAAAGAAGGGCUGAUCUGUUUUCAGAGAUACCAUGGAAACUGUAAUUUUUUUAACAAGGUAGUUAGGCUGUCACCACAAAUUAUUACCAUACAUUCAGGUCACCGCCACCACUCUUAUACUUGCAUUUAGAAUAGUUUUACUAUCAUAAUAGCAGUUAUGUUUACUGCAGCUAAUACUUCAUGCAGCUCUGUUCAUGUACUAAAUGUCUUAUUAAUGUUUCUCUCUAUCUGAUGACCUGUGGAGUUGUGUUCUGAAGGCUGGACAUCAGCUGAAUGUUUUCUUGAAGUUAUUAGAUUUUGUCUGUUAAAGUACUUCCAGUUCCUAAAUAGUUGUUUCCCUGAGUGGGAACUAGUGAUAAAUAAAAUGAGUGUCAUAAAAUGAAUGUCAAGCUGGUCAUACAAAAUGGUAUCUGUACAAAUCAUAAUUUCAUUAGUGUUUUCAUGAAUGCCUUAUUUCACUGAUCAAAGAAUACAAUUAGCAUUCAGCAUCCUGUUGCAUCAGUGAUACAACACAGUGGCAGAUCUGGUUCUUAAAGUGAUAUGAUAACUAAAAUUAGUAUGCAUAGCUUAGUUUAUGAUUGCUGAACUAGCUCUGUCACUUGAACAUCUAUUUAUCUAGGUGGUGCUCAACCAUUAUUGUACUAACAUAAUUUAUUAUCAGACUAUUUCACAGUUUCUUAAACAUCAAAAUUUGUUUUAUACAAAGUGUAUAUAGACCAGUGGCGAUCUCAAAUUAGACUGUAAAGUUUUUUUCUGGCUAUGGAAAACAAAAGUUAUUGUUCAGAAUUUCUCACAGAACUUUCCUUUGGCCCACAAAUACUUUCACAGCUGAAACUGAACUAAAUUUCCCAGUUAAGGCAAAAACACACAAUUUUUCUUCUGUUUGCAGUUAUGGUGGGAAGUCUUUAUCACAUAUAUCUUACAAAUUAAAUUUUCAAUCCUGUCCAAUAAACAAACAACAAAAGCAAAAACAACAAAGGGAAAACCGGUAACUGACAUUUUCUCAAAAAGUGUUUUUUAACAUUUCCUUUGUCAGGCAGUCUAUCUUUUGUAAAACCAUUUUGCAUCUCGAACAAAUAUGCUUUUUGCAUUUUGUAUCUCUUAUUUAGAAUCUUUUAAGGAGUGCACAGUGCAAUAAUGUUCAAAGCAUGAAACCUUUCAAAUGCUUGUGAAGUGGUGCUUGUGUCUAAUGACAUGGAAGUAAUAUUGUCUUGCCAAUUAAACAUAGAGACCAGAGCACCAAGUCCAAUCCCAGUGUAACAGAAGAUAUGUUGAUAAAACUGGACACUGUCAGUCUCUUUAUCACUAACGCAACUCUAGGUCUUGUAAUUGGUGUGAUUAAGACAUUGACGGCUCAACUAUGUCUUUUUUUUUUUUUUUUUUUUUUUUUUUUUUGAAGGGGCUUUGACAAAGUCCCUUUGUUCAUGCCCUCAAAUCCAAUUUCAUAGCAUGAAUCACUUGAGUUUUAAGGGAUGAAGAACUUGAAGAGCUUAGUGCACCACAUCUGAUUUGUAAAAUAUUACCCAGUUCUGCAUUCCUGCACUCCAGAGGUUCUAGGACCUCACUGUUUGAUAUUUUAGAGUGUAGUGACCAACUGGGAGGGGUUUCAGCAGCUUUUAUACCCUCAUUUUAGCACAUAUUGACAACAGCAUUUCUCUAGACUCUAACCACAGCCCCACCAGUUUCAGACCGACGACCAUCUGGGCACAGGUCCACUUGAGAACCACACAAGUUAUGGAUUGAAUUAUUGAAUUAUAAACUGUAUAAUCAAAUGAAUUGUAUAUAUUGUAUGUAUUCCAGUGUAUGUGUAUUAAUUAUCAAAUAAUAAAUACAGCGAAACAUGA